UCUGCAGGGACCAGAACGUCAAGAAAUUUUGUCUCUCCAAAGAUGGACAAGUCCCUGGAGUUGGCCAACAUGUCAAGAGUCCAGCAAUUUGUCUUGCUGGGUUUGUCCACAAGGCCAGACAUAAGAGAUGUCCUGUUUGCCAUCUUCCUGACCCUCUAUCUGCUGACCCUCUUGGAGAACACACUCAUCCUCUAUCUCAUCUGCAGUCACAGUGAGCUCCACAAGCCCAUGUACUUCUUCCUGGGCAACCUGAGCUGCCUGGAGAUGUGCUACGUGUCAGUGACCAUGCCCAGCCUGCUGGUGGGGCUGUGGACUGGGCCCUACAAUAUCUCCUUCACAGCCUGCAUGACCCAACUCUUCUUCUUCAUAGUCCUCAUCGGCACAGAGUGCACCCUCCUGGCCUCCAUGGCCUAUGACCGCUAUGUGGCCAUCUGCCGCCCACUCCACUAUCUGCUCCUCAUGAGGCCCCAGGUCUGCCUGAGCUUAGCUUUGUCCUCAUGGCUUGGUGGGCUCCUGGUCUCAGUGGCCAAGACAACAUGCAUUGCCACCUUGUCCUACUGUGGCCCCAAUGUUCUCAACCAAUUUUUCUGUGAUGUCUCCCCUCUGCUCAACCUAUCUUGCACCCACGUGGCCCUGACAGAGCUGGUGGACUUCAUCUCUGCCAUUGUCAUCUUCUGUGGAACACUGCUGGUAGCUCUGGCCUCCUACUCAGCCAUUGGGGUGGCUGUGCUCCGCAUGCCUUCAGCUGCUGCCCGACGUAAGGCCUUCUCCACCUGUGCCUCCCACCUGGUUGUGGUGGGCAUCUUCUACUCAGCAGCCCUCUUCAUCUACUGUCGCCCCAGCCGUAUCAAAUCCAUGGACCUAAACAAGGUGCUGUCAGUCAUCUACGCAGUGGUCACACCCAUGUGCAACCCCAUCAUCUACUGCCUGCGAAACAAGGAGGUCCAUGCAGCGCUGCGGAAAACUCUCCACUGGCCUUGAUCCUGGUCUUGGGAAGUUAGACCCCUUAUCUUCUGAUUGAAAAUUUUUCAUGGCCCCCAAAACACCAUAAAUAAAAUUGAAAGGCAAGUGAAAUACCAGAGAAAUAUAUUUUCCAGCUAAUCUACAGUAAAUUCCUAUCAAUGAAUAACAAAAUCUUAGCUACCCAAGAUAAAUGUGAACAAUGUCCAUGAGAAAGCAAGUCAUCAAGGAUGAAUGAUGAAUGACUGAUAACUCACAUGACAAGAUGUUUAACUUUAUUAGUACACCAAGGAAUGCAAAUUUAACAAUUCAAUUACUUUUAUUUCUCUAAAAUUGACAAGUAUUUCACAAAUGUGUCUAUAUGAUCCCACAAGUAGAGGUAGAUAACGUACAAGGGCAUUCAUUGCAUCUUUGUAAUGAAAAAAGAUCAGAAACAACCUACAUGUCCAUCCAGCACAUGGGUUAACUGUAUUACAGUACAUUCAUUCCAAUAAACAUUGGACUGUUAAAAAGAAACAGACUUGUGUGUCUUGACUUGGAAAUUUGGC